AUGUUUGGCAAGUUAAAGGGCCUCCUUAGUGGCCCGCAGGUGCCAGUGGCUUCGGAGACUCCAGCUCCAGCUAAGGAUGAAAAGCCAGCCAAUAAGGAGAAUGAGGCCAAGAAAGUGGACAAACCGCAAGCCCCAGCAGCAGCCCCAGCCCCUGCCCCAGCAGCGGUGACCCCAGCGGCAGCCCCAGCUGCCCCAGCCCCAGCAACGGCGGCCCCAGCCCCAGCCCCAGCCCCAGCAGCCCCUGCUCCAGCAGCGGCCGCAGGGGCCCCAGCUAACCCUGAUCAAGCUGAACCUGAGGGACAAGAAGCGGCCCCUCCUCCACCUCCACCCAUCGUCAUCAACAAGUAUUCAGACGAGCAGCUCAGAACCAUAGUCAAAUCAAUGAGAGCGAGACUGCAGCUCUACAAGGAGAAAGUGGAGGAUCAGUAUGCUACGUCCCCUGAGAUCAGCCCUCCUGUCACACCUGUGUUAAUCAAAGACACCUACACAAAAGUCAUAGAGGAGAGGAAAAGGCAAGCAGAGGAGGAGCGGAUAAAGAAGGAAGAAGCUGAGAAGAAGAAGAAAGAGGAGCAGGAGAAGAAAAAGCAGGACGCCGAGCAGAAGAAGAAGGAGGAGGAGGAUAAAAAGAAAGCAGAGGCUAAAGAUGAGAAAAAGGAGGAGAAGAGCAUGAAGUCCAAGUUAACUGAAGCUACUUGGUUUUGGGUGGACGUUGUGCUGAUGCCAAUUGAGGGCCUGAUGGACUCUGUGCUGGGGAACACCAUCGACCCUUUUACAGACCGUCGCUACAUCGCCUGGCUGAGCUUGGUGACUCUGGCCUUCAACUACAAUACCUGGUUCAUUACGGCCCGUCUGUGUUUCCCAUACCACACUGAAAGCGCCAUCCCUUACUGGUUCGCCCUGGAUAUGGUGGCCGACCUCAUCUACCUCACAGACUCCAUCUUCUUCCAGGCCCGCAAACAGUUUGUCAAAGCAGGAGACAUCAUAAAAGACAGAGUGGUUACAAGGAAGUACUACAGAGAUUCGGAGAGAUUCAUGAUGGACAUGCUGUGCCUCAUGCCAUUCGACUUGCUGUACUUCCAGUUUGGAUUCAAAUCCAUUUUCAGAGCCAAUCGUCUGCUGAAGGCAGGUACAUUUUUUGAGUUCAGCGAUCGCCUAGAGAGCAUCAUGGCCAAGGCUUACAUCUGGAGAGUGAUUCGGACCAUUGGAUAUCUUCUCUUCAUGCUCCACCUCAACGCCUGCUUCUACUAUGUAGCUUCAGAGUACCAGGGCCUUGGGUCAACUAAAUGGGUCUACUCCGGGCUGGGCAGCGCGUAUCUGCGUUGUUACUACCACGCUGUCCGCAGUCUGAUCAACAUCGGGGGUCUUAACGAACCCCAUACCGUCUUUGAGAUUACCUUUCAGAUGACUAACUUUUUCACGGGCGUCUUUGUGUUCUCCAGUUUGAUUGGACAGAUGAGAGACGUCAUCGGUGCAGCCACAGCAGGUCAGACCUACUUCCGAGCCUCCAUGGACGGCACCGUGGAUUACAUGGUGAACAACCACAUCCCCCCUUUGGUGCAGAGCCGGGUCCGCACCUGGUACACCUACACCUGGGACGCUCAGGGCAUGCUGGAUGAGUCCGAGCUGCUGGAUAAGAUGCCUCUGGUGAUGAGAACUGCCAUCGCUGUUGACAUCAACCUAUCCACCUUUCAGAAGAUUGAUCUUUUCAAGGGCUGCGACCAGCAGAUGUUGGUGGACAUGUUACUGAGGCUCAAGUCCAUCAUCUAUUUACCUGGAGACUUUGUCGUCAAGAAAGGGGACAUCGGUAAAGAGAUGUACAUCAUUAAAAGUGGAGCAGUGCAGGUGGUGGGAGGACCUGACAACAGCAUUGUGUUUGUCACACUGAAGGCUGGCUGUGUGUUUGGAGAAAUCAGUCUUUUGCAGUCAUCCAAAGAUGGAGGGAACAGGCGGACAGCUAAUGUCAAAGCCUACGGCUUUGCUAAUCUUUUCGUCCUGGAGAAGAAAGACCUGUUUGACAUCCUGGUCCACUAUCCAGAGUCUCAGAAAGUGUUGGCCAGGAAGGGAAGGAAACUCAUGAAGGCGAAGGGUCCAGCAGCAGCUAAUGCAGAAGUGGAAAAGAAGAAAGGACUGGUGCUGUUUGGACCCAAACCGCCCACACCUAAACUGCUGCGUGCUUUUGGUGGAAGCACUAACUUCUUGGAAAAAAUGAGGAGUGCUGCUGCUGGUGGCAAGUGAUGAUUGUAGUGAGCUUCUUUUUUUUAUAACAUAUUUUUGGAAGUGAAUGUACAGUUUUAUUUUCAACCUCUUUUUGUAAUGAGUGUGUAUUUCCUGUCAUGUUAAGAUAUUGUUAAAAAACGGUUAUUUCCCAGAGUCAAAAAAAAAAACUAAGACAACAAGCAGAUUUAAAUAUCAAAAAUGUAUUUCAAACUAUUUUAAUGAGAUAUGCAGUAUUAGAAUCUGUCUGUGAACCUCAACUACUGGCAUGAGUGGAUACUGCUUCUUGUAUAUGUAUCUACCUAUCCACCUAUUGUUUCUCUUCUUUUAUUGGCUAUAUUUUUUUUCAGUUUGCCAAUGCAUAGUAGUUGUAAAAGCCUAACGAAGAUUAUCAAUUAGAAGGAUUGGUAACAACAAUGCUUAAAAUAUAAUAUUUGAUUUGAUCUUUGUCAAUAUUUGCCUACAUAAAUGAUUGCAUGAUUUAUCUACAGUUUACUUAUAGUGGCAUCCUGUGUUGCUUGCUGUAUACUGUAUGUCUGUGUGUUUGAACAG